AUGAUUUCCCAGAUUUUCACCUCGCUGCUAGCUGCAGUCUGCAUUAUUACCCCAGUUACUGCCACCCCAGUUUCUGCCACCGAUAUAGAUUUAAGCAAGGUGAAAUACAACGGUAUCCUUUCACGUGGCGGCCAGGGUUGUGACCAGCAACAUCCCGCAGCUGUCUCAAUAAAUGGUGCCGCAGUCGGCCUCGUUGAGUCCUUCCCUCAAUUCACAGCAAGCUACAAAUCUGGCGAUGCCGUUGACAAACAACGCCAAUUUUGCCAGGUUGCCAUCGACAUUUCGUAUCCGGAUGGACUACAGUACCGCGUCAAGGAAGUGACAGUCAUCGACUCUGCCCGUAUUAGCGAAGGAGCUUCCGCUAUACACGAUAUCACUCUCUAUUUUGGAGGCUCCACUGAUCAAUCAACCGUGUCAAAAACCAUCACCGGGCCAGUUGCCAACAACGCAAUCCCUUCCACAAACGUUAUCUCCAACAAAGUGUGGUCUCCCUGCAACGAGUCCCAGUACCUCAAUAUCAAGAACGCUGCUCGGAUCAAUGCAGGUACAUCUAAGGACAAAAAUAGUGUCAGUAUCAAGUAUGUCGUUUUUGGACUUGAGUGGCGAAGAUGUUAA